UGAGGGAGGAGCGGGGCGCAGGGCGGGACGAGCCGCCUGUAGCAAGGCGGGCGUGAGCUCCUUUCCCUUUGACUUCCGAUCGGGCGGGCAGCGAUGAGGCUGGUGGCAUGGCUCCUGUGCUUCGCGUCCCUCUUGGCGCUCAUCUACUCUAAGGAUGUGUUGUCUGGCAUCGUGGGAGAAAAUUUUACUUUUCCAGUAGAAAUAAAGCAAAGAAUAGAGGAUAUUACUUGGAAGAAAAACAAGGAUAUAGUGGCUGAAUGGGAUGGGCAAAACCCACCAACAUAUUUAACUCUUCUCAAAGGCAGGAGUGUGCUUAAGGAGAAUGGGAUUUUGACUAUAUUUAACUUGGAGAAGAGUGAUGCUGGCACAUAUGAGUUAGUCUUCCGGACUUCUGGGAAAGAUGGUUAUUUAGAAUUCAUUCUUGAGGUAUUAGAUCCCCCUUCAGAACCUAAAAUAAAUUGGACCACCAAGGGUGAUAACCUUGUGUUAUACUGUACAUCAGAUUUCCAGAGGCCUGUGAAUUACACUUGGAAGCUUGGUAAUGAUCAAGGCGGUCCUCAGAGCCAGGAAUUUUCCAUCCCUUUAAAGAAUAUUGAUGCUACCAAGAACGCUACAUGUUUCAUUACAUUCUCACAAACGAAAAGAAGCUCUGAAAUCUCUUUGAUUCAAUGCAUUUCAGAUAAAAAAGGAUACGGCUCUCACAAAAGAAACAGAAAUAUUCUUAUUGUGCUUUUUUUCCUCUUUAUACUACUUCUAGGAAUCCUAGUAUUCCUAGUAUUCCUGCGCACAAGAGGUAGAGCUAAAUUUGAAAGAGGAAGAGUUGCUCAGAAGAACAGUCCAGUGCAUGGCUCAGGAGAACAUGACCAACUUUUCUCUGUGGACAGCCAGGAACAGCAUGACUCAGACAGAGCUACAUUUUCACAACCUGUUCAUUGUGAGAACGAAAGGCCUGAAGCAGACGGAGAAUUGAACAAGGAGAACAGUGCCCUGAAAGACGAGCAGAGAGUUAACAAUGGUGUAAAUAAGGAAGAACUGUCUGCCAUGCAGAGCAGCACCCUGAGAUCCAACUGUGCAGUUGAUGAUGGUGUAACUGAGGAAGAACUGACACAGGUUGCAGAAGGUGGAAAUGAGGAGCACCUGAACAACUCUCUCAGUGAAGAAGAUCUUAAAUCAUAAGCAAAUAAUUGCUUUUUGGACCAAACAAAGAUGGAAGAGAAGCUGUAAAAUUCAGUGGUGAAGAAGCUGCUACCUCUUCCCUUGAAGGUCUUCCACAUGCAAUGAAGUUAUCAGAGCUUCAUAAAGAACCACUUUGAAGACUAGUUGAGCAGUUUCCAGUGCCUAUUUUUCUUUUCUCAGAAGGGACAGUCUCCUUUUCUAGUGUUAAAUGUGUGAAGAUAAAUAGGCUGAAUCAUGGAAAAAGUCUUUUGGAUUGUUUUGUAUGCAGUUUUUAGUACUCUACUAACACAGAAUGAAAGAGCUAAGGCCUAACUGCUCAGCUUUUUAUGCAAUUUUUGAUCAGUACUGUUUUAUAGUCAUAAGAAAGACAGCUCAUCCUUCAGCAGACCCAGAUGGAUGGAAAUUGCAUUUUCUGGUCUUGGUUAUGCAACAGGAACUCAGUGCUCCAGACAAAGCUGUCUCCUGGAGUUGGCAGAAGCCUGGCAAACUGAUCAUCUCCUGACAGUGGUUCACUUUGUGAUUAAACUACAUUUCAGUUUGAUGUUGCACUGGAAAAAAGUUGCACUACUAUUAGCAGUGGUUUAUUUUUUAUCUAAAGUUUUUUAUAAUUUUUGCACGAUGUUACCUUUCAUUUUUCUCCUCGUUUCAGCUUAUGCCCAUUAUCUUCCAUUCUCCCAACUGGAACUACUGUCUCCGUCUUCUUGAUGAUCAGUUUAAUGAUCAGUAAGUAUGGGAAGGAUGCUGCUAGGCACCCUCCCAAAGCCUACUCUUCUCCAGGCUUGAACAAGUACAGCUUGUUCAAGCUGUACUUCAGCUUCUCCUUCUUUGCAGGACAAGUGCUCUGACCAUCUUGGUAGCCCUUCACUGAACUUGCUCCAAUUUAAUUGAUCUCUGCCUUCUUGAAGGGGUCUAAAACUGUAUGCAGUAUUCUAAAUGCAGUCUAAUCAAUGUGUGCUGAGUAGAGGGGGAUAAUCACUACUCUCAAUCUACUGGCUAAGCUCCUGUUAAUACAGACCAGGGUGCUGUUGUCCGCCUUUGCUGCCAGGGAACACUGCUGGCUCAUGUUCUACUUGCUGCUUAUUGAUGUCUCUCUGCUUCUUUUCAAAAGAACUGCUCCCAUGCCAGCCACAUCCUGGCUUGUAUUAUUGCAAGUGGUUCCUCUUUCCAAGAGCUUUACGUUUGUCCUUUUUUAAUUUUAACUUGUCUAGGUCUCUCUGUCGGGCAGUCCUUUAGUAUGUUGACUGUUUGUCCACAAUUUGGUGUCAUCUGCAAACUUGACUUAAAUAUUAUCUAGUGCCAUGGACAAGGAUGUCAUUCAGUAGACCAGGUUGCUGAAAACCCCACCCAACUUCACCGUGAACGCUGCCAGUGAUGGGGCAUCCACAACUGCUUAGCCAAGCUGAAUCUUCUGAUUUGCCUGCGUAUUUUCCUGACUAUCAGCAUG